AUAAACUCUACAGUCGUCCUUACGAAUCACCAUGUACUUGUUUCACGUUUUUGGCAUUGUAGCAAUCACUUCAGCUCUUAAUACUCAAUUUGGGUCAGGUUCCUGCCAAUCUCAUCUCACUGUCAAACGCUCUUGCCCGCCAGAGUGGCAAUUUUGGGAAGAUGAGUGCUAUCACGUCACUCCUUUACGGCAUAACUGGGACGACGCCAAGUCAGCUUGCCAAGCCAUGGGAGGCAGGAUGGCCGCUCCUCACUCACUCGAAGAAAUGGAGUUCAUGGCAGAUUUGGCACAAAAGGAGCACGGUGUAAACACGGCAUGGAUUGCUUGCAAUGACAAAGGAGUGGAAGGCAUUUGGGAGUGUAACGGUCAGGAAGGGAGUGAGUCUUUCUUGGAAUGGGCUAAUGGGCAACCAGAUAAUUCAAACAAUCAAGACUGUGCUGCAAUAGCCACAGCCUUUAAUAACAGAAUGGAUGAUGACCAAUGUUGGAGCUCUCACGAGGCGAUUUGUGUUCGUCAGGCAACCGGUACUCAUCCUUCAACCCAACCGCGUCAAUACUGCCUCUCUACCGACACAGACGGCCGCAUUCUCAAUUCAACCUGCCUCCUCGACCACGGCAUCCGGGAGUUCAUCACCGAGGGCAUGGCCGCCUGCGGCUCGGCCUGCGUCAAGGAAACCGGAUGCCUCUCAUUCAACAUCAAGAAGACCGAAGACGGGAAGAAAGUAUGCCAGCUGAACAACAGCACGAGGUCCGAAGAUAAGGACAAGUUUCAAAAGACCGGCUAUUUCUGCAUCUACUCCGAAGUAUGCAUCGGCUAGUGAUGGGAACAUUGGAACAAUGUUGGAGACGUAGUCUACAAACUUGAACAAUCACCAAAACAAUUCGAUUUGGUUCUGAUAGAGACAGCUGCUUCACUGAAUCAAACAUUUAGGUAAUAUGAAAACUAUUUUGGAUUUCCCCUCCAGAGAAAUAAGGCGACCGAGAUGUGCAUUUAGGUACGCAGGGUAAGCAAAUGGCUUCUUUCUUUGUUCUUACACAUGAAAAAUGAAUUUAAACUAACAUGAUUAGUUUUGAAGUAUAUACAUGUGGCAAAUACAUACG